CCUUGUUUUGUGGAUGCUGACUGAGCUUUGUUAACUAAGGUUUAAAUUGGGUUUCACGUGGUGUUGGUUAAACUGAGAAACCAUGAGUAGUAAUCUUGGAAAAGAAAAAGAUUGUAAGGAGAAAGACCCCAAAGUAUCUUCGGCAAAGGAGAGAGAGAAAGAAGCCAAGGCCACUGGUGGAUUUGGGAAAGAAAGCAAAGAGAGGGAGCCUAAAACCAAAGGGAAAGAAGCCAAAGAUGGGAAGAAGGACUCCAGCAGUGUGCAGCCAGGUGUGGCUUUUUCAGUGGACAAUACAAUAAAACGACCGAAUCCAGCACCAGGUGCUCGCAAAAAAUCCAGCAAUGCUGAGGUGAUCAAAGAACUAAAUAAAUGCCGGGAAGAAAAUUCAGUGCGCUUGGACUUGGCUAAGCGGUCUAUACACCUUCUCCCAUCAUCUGUAAAAGAGUUAACACAGUUAACAGAACUUUAUUUAUAUGGUAACAAGCUGCAGUCACUACCGGCCGAGGUGGGCUGCCUUGUGAAUCUGGUGACUCUGGCCCUGAGUGAAAAUUCUCUUACCAGCCUGCCUGACUCUCUUGAUAACUUGAAGCAACUCCGUAUGCUUGAUCUGCGGCAUAACAAACUUAGAGAAAUUCCUCCAGUGGUGUACAGGCUAACUUCCCUUACCACACUUUAUCUACGCUUUAAUCGUAUCACAGCUGUGGAAAAGGAUAUCAAGAACUUGUCAAUACUUACCAUGCUCAGUAUACGUGAGAACAAAAUCAAGCACCUGCCUGCAGAAGUUGGUGAGUUGUGUAACCUCAUAACGCUGGAUGUAGCACACAAUCAGCUUGAACAUCUUCCAAAGGAGAUUGGAAAUUGCACACAGAUCACCAAACUCGACCUACAGCACAAUGAACUCUUGGACCUUCCAGACAGUAUAGGAAAUCUGUCCAGCCUGAAAAGUCUUGGUCUGAGGUAUAACCGGCUUUCAGCAAUACCCAGGUCUCUAGCACAGUGCAGCAAACUUGAUGAACUGAAUUUGGAGAACAACAAUAUAUCUACUUUACCAGAGAGUCUCUUAUCCAGCCUUCCCAAUCUGACUAGUCUGACUCUGGCAAGAAACUGUUUCCAGUCAUAUCCAGUUGGUGGUCCCUCACAAUUUUCUACCAUCUAUGCUCUGAACAUGGAGCACAACCGCAUCAAUAAAAUCCCAUUUGGAAUUUUCUCUAGAGCAAAAGUGUUAAGCAAGCUGAAUAUGAAGGACAAUCAGCUGACUUCCCUUCCUCUGGACUUUGGGACAUGGACCAGUAUGGUAGAGCUUAACUUAGCUACAAAUCAACUCAACAAGAUUCCUGAGGAUGUGUCUGGACUGGUUUCUUUAGAGGUUCUUGUGUUAUCAAACAAUCUUUUAAGGAAUCUUCCCCAUGGCAUUGGGAACCUAAGGAAACUAAGAGAAUUGGAUCUGGAGGAAAACAAGCUGGAAUCCUUGCCAAAUGAAAUAGCGUACCUUAGAGAUCUACAGAGACUGAUCCUAACAAAUAACCAGUUGAGCACCCUUCCUAGAGGAAUUGGACACCUCAUCAACCUGACACAUCUUGGAUUGGGGGAGAACUUUCUUACACAACUUCCUGAGGAAAUUGGUACACUGGAGAAUCUGGAAGAACUGUAUCUGAAUGACAACCCUCACCUGAACAGCCUUCCUUUUGAACUGGCCCUCUGCAGUAAACUGUCGAUAAUGAGCAUUGAGAACUGUCCACUCAAUACCCUUCCAGCUCAGAUUGUUGCAGGAGGACCUUCCUUUAUCAUCCAGUUCCUCAAGAUGCAGGGACCUUAUCGUGCCAUGGUCUGAUGGAUAACUAUUUUAAAGGUGUACAAAAUAUAAAUGGUAUUAAGGGUGUCAUUGUGUAUAUAUUAUUAUUAUUAUCUAGGCCACACAGUGCCAGGAUUGGAUAAAAAUUGGGUUGUCCCAUACACUGUACGAAAUGCAAAGAGCAUUACUGGUAUUGUGUAUGUGUGUAUAUAUAAUAUAAUAUAUAUAGUAUAUUAUAUUAUAUAUAAAACAUAAAUAAUAUAAAACAGGCAAAUUUAAGACCACAUGUAUGUGUUUCUGCUAAUAGAGGAAGCAUAGCCAUUUAGAUUUUUUUUCUUUGUAAAAUGCUUGUCUAAGUUUUCUUUGCUGAAUUUGAUGGAUGUCUUGGUAAUCUGGAGAUACCAGUUCACUGGGAAUGAUUUCCAACCUUGCUGAUAAAUUUAAGGGACAAAACGUUUUUAGAUGGAUCCCUCUUUAUGUUGGAAAAACCAUGCAGCUCAGUAAUAUGAACUUUCUUCUACCAUUCCCCUCUGCACACAUUAUUUGUGUCAAAAACCUGUUGGGAGUAAUUUGUCUUCUAGUUGGGGAGAUCCUUUAACUUAUUCUAAGAUUUGAGAUAAAUGGUGUUGUAUGUUGUUUACAGUCAGAGUAAAUCAAUGGAUUUUUUUGAUUUGCUCUGUUUUAAUCAUAUCUAGAAUGUAUGUGCUUCUGCUGAGGGCUUUUUAUUGACUGAUUUAUAGUAAAACAAAAAUAAACAGCUGGUAAGUAGGAAAAGAAACAGUCCGACAAAAGCUUGAAUUAAUUUUAAGUCUUGGUUCCUUGAGUCAUUGGUUGUGGGCAUAUCUUAUUUGGACCAGUUCUUUUAUGGUGGUCUCGUGUAUGACAAGCAACAUUUCCUGAUUAGAAAUGGACUGAUUUGUUGAAGAACUACACAUUCUUUUAAGGUCUAAUAGUACAUUGACGAGGAAAUAUAUAUAUAUGGUAAUGUUGUAUUUUAUGACAACAGGCAAUUGUAAGAGUUUCUCCCAGUCCUUGUACAAUUAAUGAAUGUGUCUCUUUGAAACACUGCAAUGCAUAUUACGAUUUAUGGUUGGUUAACAUUGUUACUCUGGUUUUAUAUCUUGACUUGCCUUGUACGUCCUUCCAUUAUUAUGGAGCAUCUGCGUCCAAGCACAAUAUCUCCAUGCUGUGCUGUUUUGCUGCUGAACUAAAUGCACUUUUCCCUACAGUUGGGACACUUGCUUCAAUUUAAUCAGUUCAGUACUAUGAUUUAUUCUCUUUUAACCUCAUCCUAUCAAUCUCAGUAUUAAAGAAUGAUCUAUUAAAAAGGACACCUUUUCAUUUGUAUUUAAAUUUUGAUUGCUGU